UCUCGCGAUAUUUCCGUAGUGUGUGGUGAAGUCUGAGAUAUGGCAGCCGUCGCUCUGAAGUUCUGUCGCAAAGGACUGCCUCACAUUUUGAAGGAUGGAGCAGUCGCUACUCUCUCGCCAAAGGCUUUGGGGGGGGUGAGACAGAAGUCCUCUGUACAGUAUGCAACAAGGCCAGAGCUCCCUAAGCUGGCCUACUGCAGGGUAAAGGGGAAGAGUCCAGGCGUGGUCUUCCUGCCUGGGUAUGGAUCCAACAUGAAUGGCCAGAAAGCUGAGGCCCUGGAGGAGUUCUGCAGGUCUCUUGGACACUCAUACCUUAGGUUUGACUACACAGGCCAUGGGUUAUCGGAGGGGGUGUUCACUGAAGGGACCAUCGGCACCUGGAAGAAAGAUGUCCUCUUCGUGUUGGAUGAACUAACAGAGGGUCCACAGAUCAUGGUGGGGUCCAGUAUGGGUGGCUGGCUCAUGCUGUUGGCAGCUAUCGCCAGGCCGGAGAAGACUGCAGCUCUGGUGGGCAUAUCCACGGCAGCAGACCACAUUGUCACAGCCUUCAAGUCAAUGUCUUUAGAGGUGCGUAAGGAGAUUGAAGAGAAGGGCGUAAUGACUGUGCCCACCAAGUACAGCGAGGAGGGCACCUACACGUUCACUAUUGGCUUCCUGAAGGAGGCGGAGAACCAUUGUGUCCUCCAGAGCCCCAUCCCCAUCACCUGCCCCGUGAGGCUCAUCCACGGCCUGAAGGACGACGAUGUGCCCUGGCACAUCUCCAUGCAAGUGGCCGAGCGCGUCCUCAGCCCCGACGUGGACGUCAUCCUCCGCCGCCACGGUCAGCACCGCAUGGCCGAGAAGGAUGACAUCAGGCUCAUGGUCUACACCAUCGACGACCUCAUAGACAAGCUGACCACCCUCGUUUGAGUUGGGGGAGUGUUAGGAAUGCACCCCAUUGGAGAGGCAGGAGCAACCAUAUAUGAUCCCACUCUCCCCUUACCCUUCCUUCCUUCCAUCCUGCCCAGUUUGUCCUCAGUAUGCUGUUACAAAGCAAGAGAGAAAGAUGAGGAUUAUUGAAAGUACAAACUGUGAUGGAACGAGGAUGUCGUCUGUCAGAAACCUCAGCCAGGUCCCUAAUGCCUGCCUUGGAGGGAGUGUGUCUUUUACCAGUUUACUCUGUGCAGUCUUUUUUAGGUAAACCUUUUUACGGGCAAUACUGCCACUGCUAAUGCUGCCACUGUUUGUUUGACAGAUCCUGGUCCUUUUGCCAGACCCCAAUAGUUCUACUGUGCCUUUUUUACCACGUCUCAUACCCGUUGGGUCAACAAAGCCUCUGCACAGCAGAGUGAAGCGCAGGUCUCGUCUAAUUGUGCAUGCAGAUAUUAUAUGAGGCACAGAUGGAAUAUACACAGACAACAAGCUCCAUCAAACUGCCUCCUACGCAGAAGCACUGUGACAUCGUGUGGUGAUCGGUCCAAGCUGUAUUCUCACACUGUGUCGAUACCAAAAAGACUGUACACUAUCUCAAAAUAGCUGAAGAAAAGUCCUGAGGAAUGUCUUUUCUAUUUUCUUGUACAUCCACCCACAUUCCCAUGGGCCAGUCUGAGCCACUGGGCUGUUGAUUAACACGUUGUUGGUUAUUGGACUGUGUUCAAUGGGGCAGAAAGCCAGUCCUGCUGCAGCAGACGCAGUAACUCUCUCUCUCUCUCUCUCUGAUCCUCUAACUGCUGCUCUGACCUUUCACUCUUCGGAUGACGACACUUAAACAUGAGCACGCAUCGGGGUGUAAAACAAAGUGCCUAAGUUAUGUCAGUACUGUACAUUGCCUUUGGAAAGUGUUCAGACCCCUUGACUUUUUCCACAUUUUGUUACGUUACAGCCUUAUUCUAAAAUGGAUCAAAAUGUUUUUUUUUCCCUCAGCAAUCUACACAAAAUACCCCAUAAUGACAAAGCAA